UCGGUAUUCAUCCGCCCCUUCUCAUCUCCCGUCCUCCAGCGCGCGGAUGCUGCUGCUGCUGCCAUCACCGCGAGAUGCGCGUCAAACGGGCAUCAUCAGCAUGUAGACCCCACAUCUCUCCUUCACCCAUCAGGGUCUUCCUGUACCCACUCUACCAAUCAGCACCAAAUAUAACAGCAACGAUGUGACCACAACGACCCUCCUUUAUGUUCCCGAAAGCACAAAACGCCGUUUGUAAGCGAUUAAUUAUUGCGGACAUGGUACAAUCUCAUCUGCAUCAUUCAGGUUUUCUUCCGCAUAAGAUGAAGUCCUCAUCACCGUCUGACGGGUUCUGUUCCCUGUAUUUUAUUUCUCUAUUCUGCACCGUUGCGCAUCAUCUGCAACUGGAAUAGCUUAAAGGUCAAAUUAUGUGACUUUAACUUUUUUUUUUAUCUCCAUGAUGGGUAUGAUUUGAGGAUAGUGCAUCACUGGAUAUCACUCUGUUUUUCCUUCAUUUUUUUCGACUGAACGUCAAAUGUCCUUGGAGCAUGGCCUGCGCGGUUCUUUACCCAUGCUUUUCCUGUGUUACUGGAUCCCCUUUAUUGUUUAAUAAUCACUAACAUUUGCUUCAUUUAGUUUACAUAGAGAUGGAUUGGCACAGUGGCUAUCACUGUAUUUGUUGACUUAUUCUUUAUGGGGGGAUAUUUAAGGGGAAAUCGCCUCACCUUAGAAUAAGAAACUUCAAACAAUCUGACAAUUCAUGUUUCAAUAUGGAGAACUACAUACAGAGCAUCUUAGCAAGAGGUGAGGAACAUAAAUAAGACAAACGAUAGAAAAUUUCACCACAUAGCAUCUGUUGAGAAGAUACCAGUCUUCCACAACCAACACACAUCAUGGGGGAUCUUGGCAAUAGCACGGUGGAGUUCCAACCUAAAAAGCCGGGAAUGGACAGAGGAAGCUAUGAGGGGGAUUUCGGGGUGUCGUUGGACGAGCUGUGCUCUCUCAUGGAGGUCAGAGGAGCUGAGGCACUGCAGAAGAUCCAGGAGAGCUACGCAGAUACGGAAGGCCUCUGUCACAGACUCAAGACUUCUCCUGCAGAUGGACUGUCGGACAACCCUGCAGACCUGGAGAAACGUCGGCUGGUGUUUGGACAGAACUUCAUUCCUCCCAAGAAGCCCAAGACCUUCCUUCAACUCGUGUGGGAGGCUCUACAGGAUGUUACUCUCAUAAUCCUGGAAAUAGCAGCCAUUAUUUCCCUUGGACUGUCCUUUUACCAGCCACCAGGAGGGGACAGUGAAGCAUGUGGUAAUGUGAGUACAGGUGCAGAGGACGAGGGAGAGGCGGAGGCGGGCUGGAUCGAGGGUGCAGCUAUCCUGCUUUCAGUGUUCUGCGUGGUGCUGGUGACAGCAUUUAAUGACUGGAGUAAAGAAAAGCAGUUUCGUGGCCUGCAGAGCCGUAUCGAGCAGGAGCAGCGCUUUGCUGUGGUGCGGAACGGCACAGUUAUCCAAAUCCCUGUGGCUGAGAUGGUGGUGGGAGAUGUUGCCCAGGUCAAAUAUGGCGACCUCCUGCCUGCGGAUGGUGUUCUCAUCCAAGGGAACGACCUGAAGAUCGAUGAGAGCUCCCUCACCGGAGAGUCUGAUCACGUACGCAAAUCCGUCGACAAGGAUCCCAUGCUGCUGUCAGGCACUCAUGUAAUGGAGGGGUCGGGGAAAAUGGUGGUGACCGCAGUCGGUGUCAACUCUCAAACUGGAAUCAUCUUCACCCUCCUGGGGGCCGGAGAGAUGGAGGAAGAGAAGAAAGACUGCAAGAAAGAGGUCAAUAGUAAUUCAUCCACGCAGUUGCCCAGUGUUGAAGCCAAAGAACACACCAUCAGAAAUGGUAAACAAGAUGGGACUCUGGAGAACAAUCAAAAUAAAGCCAAGAAACAGGAUGAGGCUGUUGCCAUGGAGAUGCAGCCUCUAAAGAGUGCGGAAGGUGGAGAAGUGGAGGAAAAAGAGAAGAAGAAAGCCGGUGUGCCCAAGAAGGAGAAGUCAGUUCUUCAGGGCAAACUCACCAAGCUGGCAGUGCAGAUUGGCAAAGCAGGUCUGGUGAUGUCCGCCAUCACUGUGAUUAUACUGAUGCUGUACUUUGUGAUCGAGACGUUCGUCAUUCAAGGGCGGGUGUGGCUGACGGAGUGUACACCUAUAUAUGUACAGUACUUUAUGAAGUUCUUCAUUAUCGGAGUCACAGUUCUGGUGGUAGCUGUGCCAGAGGGUUUGCCACUGGCUGUCACCAUAUCGCUGGCCUACUCUGUAAAGAAAAUGAUGAAGGACAAUAACCUAGUGCGUCAUUUGGAUGCAUGUGAGACUAUGGGCAAUGCCACGGCUAUCUGCUCAGAUAAGACAGGCACCCUCACCACUAACCGGAUGACGGUGGUGCAGAUUUUCAUGGAGGACCAGAACUUCUGGGACAUCCCAUCACCAGACCAGAUUAACCGCAAGACACUGGAGCUCAUCACCAGUGCUAUCGCUGUUAACUGCGCCUACACCUCCAAUAUCAUGGCUGCAGAUAAGGAGGGUGGGCUGCCCAAACAGGUGGGUAAUAAGACAGAGUGUGCUCUGCUAGGUCUGGUGCAGGGCCUGAAGCAGGAUUACCAGGCUGUGAGAGAGCAGAUUCCUGAAGAAAAGCUCUAUAAAGUAUACACCUUCAAUUCUGUCAGAAAAUCCAUGAGCACCGUCAUUCAGAUGCCUGACAGAAGCUUCCGCUUAUACAGCAAAGGAGCCUCUGAGAUUCUGCUCAAAAAAUGCUCGUUCAUUCUGGCCCGUGAUGGCGAGGCUCGAGCAUUCAGGCCACGGGACAAGGAUGAUAUGGUGAAAAAAGUGAUUGAACCGAUGGCAUGCGAUGGCCUCCGUACGAUCUGCAUUGCCUAUCGGGAGCUUCCAGCUGACCCCAUGCCAGACUGGGACAAUGAGACAGACAUUGUCUCCAACCUUACCUGCAUCUGCGUGGUUGGCAUUGAAGACCCUGUGCGACCUGAGGUCCCAGAUGCUAUCACGAAGUGUCAGCAAGCGGGCAUCACUGUGCGUAUGGUGACGGGUGACAACAUCAACACUGCACGUGCCAUUGCUGCCAAGUGUGGCAUCAUCCAUCCCGGUGAUGACUUUCUGUGUAUGGAGGGGAAGGACUUCAACACACAAAUCAGAAAUGAGAAAGGAGAGAUUGAGCAGGAGCGCAUUGACAAAAUUUGGCCUAAACUCAGAGUUCUGGCUCGAUCUUCCCCUACAGACAAACACACCCUAGUCAAAGGAAUCAUAGACAGUACCAUUUUGGAGCAAAGACAGGUGGUUGCAGUCACAGGUGAUGGCACAAACGAUGGACCUGCCCUCAAAAAAGCUGAUGUGGGCUUUGCUAUGGGAAUUGCUGGCACAGACGUGGCCAAAGAGGCAUCUGACAUCAUUUUGACAGAUGAUAACUUCUCCAGUAUAGUAAAGGCCGUGAUGUGGGGCCGAAAUGUGUACGACAGCAUCUCCAAGUUCCUACAGUUUCAGCUCACCGUUAAUGUGGUGGCUGUCAUAGUAGCCUUCACUGGUGCCUGCAUCACGCAGGAUUCACCCCUCAAGGCUGUGCAGAUGUUGUGGGUCAAUCUUAUCAUGGACACUUUCGCUUCACUGGCCCUUGCCACGGAGCCGCCCACUGAAGCCCUGCUACUGAGGAAGCCCUACGGCCGAAACAACCCCCUCAUAUCAAGAACCAUGAUGAAGAACAUCCUCGGACAUGCAGUCUACCAGCUCAUCAUCAUCUUCACCCUGCUCUUCGUGGGUGAGAAGAUCUUUGAUAUAGACAGCGGGCGUAACGCUCCGCUUCACUCUCCUCCCUCUGAGCAUUACACCAUCAUCUUCAACACCUUCGUCCUCAUGCAGCUCUUCAAUGAGAUCAACGCCCGUAAAAUCCAUGGAGAGAGGAACGUGUUUGAUGGGAUCUUCUCAAACCCCAUCUUCUGUUCAAUCGUGCUGGGGACUUUCGCAAUACAGGUUGUGAUCAUACAGUUUGGUGGGAAACCUUUCAGCUGUUCCCCCUUAAAUGCGGAGCAGUGGCUUUGGUGCCUGUUUGUGGGAAUGGGCGAGCUGCUCUGGGGACAGGUAAUAGCAUCAGUGCCAACACAUCAUUUGAAGUGUCUGAAAGAAGCAGGCCAUGGGCCAGCUCCAGAUGAGAUGAUGGAUGAAGAACUCGCUGAGGAUGAGGAGGAGAUCGAUUGCGCAGAGAGAGAGCUGAGGCGAGGACAGAUCCUGUGGUUCAGAGGACUUAACCGAAUCCAGACUCAGAUGGAGGUAGUGAGUACCUUCAAGAGAAGUGGUUCGUUUCAGGGUGCAGUGCGACGACGCUCCUCAGUGCUCAGCCAACUCCAUGACAUCCGGGUGGUGAAAGCUUUCCGUAGCUCCCUCUACGACGGCAUCGAUCGGCCGGAAUCGCGGAACUCCAUUCACGACUUCCAGGCGCACCCUGAGUUCAUCAUCACAGACUCGGUCCACAACAUCCCCCUGAUCGACGAGACGGAUGUGGACGACGAAUCAGAACACUCCAACCAUAACCAUGUGCGUGUGGCGCUUCGUCACCCCGCCCCUCACUCUCAGCCGCCUCCGAGACCCCCGCGAUCCCGCUACCCGAGCCGCCCGCUACGGCAGCAGAGUCUGCCCGUUACCCUCAACUGCAACAACAAUGCCGCAGAGAGCCGCGUCUACCUUGGCUCCAACGACAACGGGGUGGCGCACAUCUCCACCUGCCCCGUCAGCCCUCUGCACAGCUUGGAGACAUGCCUCUAAAGGAGGUCAUUGAUCCAUAAUAGUUUGAGACGGACAAGUACGGAUCAAUUUUAGGAGAGAAUGGUGAUAAAUACGAUAUGGACAGUCAGAGAAACGUUUAGGAUGUUUCUGUACCUAAUCUUUGUUCCUAUAUCAGAUUCACUGCUUCAAAAUGUUUCAGUGGUUCUUUACAGUAAAUUGUGUGACCCAAAGACAAUCCCACUCCGCAUGAAAGUGACCGAUUAUGUUCUCUUAUGUUGCACUUGAAGAAAUACCUGUAACGACAAGGGGGAUGAUAGGUGUGAACUCUGCACUGAAGACUAAAGAUUUUAAAGACUGUGAGCUUAUGAACGUGUAAAAAAGAAAAAUAUUUAUUUGGGUAUAACUCUUCGCCUUUUAAUUAAUAACGUUAUUGUUCCAAUUAUUAUAGUGGUUAUAUUUCUGCAAAAACUAUGACGAUUAAUACUACAGAUACUGUACUCCCGUCAUGAUACUUCAUCGUUUAGCUUUAUAUAACUAAGUAUGUUUGUAUGUAUGACGUAAGUCUGUACGUGUGUAUUUGUUUGUUUGUUUGCUGUUGUUAAAAUCCGUGUCUAUGUUCUCAUUGGUUCCAAAUGUGCCCCUUUCUCUGUUUCUGUGUUAGAGUGUGAUGUUUAUGUCUAAUUUAAAAAAAGAAAAGAAAAAAUGGUAUUAAAGAACAUAUUUCAGCAACAUAAAUAAAAUAAAAUCUAACCAUUGGAGGUAAAUCUUAUAAUACUUCAUGGAAAUUCGAGAGAAAACAGGCAGUGCAUUUCCCUUGUUUUAUUAAAGAGUUAUUUCACCUCUAAAUUUAAAUUCUGCUGCCAUUUACUCAACCUCAUACUUUUCCAAACCAGCGUUGCUUUAUUUCAUCCAUGCAACACAAAAGAUUUUAGCCUCCAUCACCAUUAAAUUUUAAGGUGGAAAAAAAAUGCAAUAUACAAGCCUGUGCAACAGUUUUAGUCACUUGUGAAAAAUGUUGCAUAGUGAGGAUAUCUUCAAAAAUAAUGCCAUAAAUAGUUUUCAUCAAACAAAGUCCAGUAAACUUAAAAAAGCUAAAUCAAUAUUUGGUGUGACCACAUUUGCCUUCAAAACAGCAACAGUUCUCCUAGGUACACCUGCGACACAGUUUUUCUUGGUUGUUGGCAGGAUGUUCCAAGUUUCUUAAAGAAUUCUCCACAAUACUUCUAUCUAUUUAGGCUGUCUCAAUUACUUCGGUCUUUUCAUGUAAUCCCAGACUGACCUGAUGUUCAGUGGGGGGCUUUGUGGGGGCCAUGCCAUCUGUUGCAGGGCUCCCUGUUCUUCUAUUCAAUUCUAUUUGCAAAAGGAAUGUUUGGGAGACUAACAUUUAUAUUUCCUAUUGACACACUAAGGCUGAAGAUACCUGUAUAAAUAACCAUCUUAAGACAAAUGUUUUUGUGAAACAUCUUAUGUGCCUAACACUUUUGCACAGUACUGCAAGUGAUAAAGUGAUAGUGUGACUGAGGCUGUUAGUCCAUAAAAUUCUGCCUGAAAUCUCCUUUUGUGUUCCACAGAAGAAAGAAAGUCAUUUGUGUUUGGAAAAAACAUGAGGGUGAGUAUAUGACAGAAUUUUCCUUUUAGGAUGAACUAAUGGACUUUGAAGAGAAUCUCACCAAUUUGUUCUUCCAAGAUUAUUCUCAUUUGGAGUUUCAUAAGAGAAAAUUGUUCUCAUGUUUGCCAAGAUAUCAAAGUCUGCAAUCAAAAGCCAGAGAUUUCAACAUGAACUCAAGCAUUUGUCAUCAAAUGAUCAAUGUUCAAUUUCUGACAAAGUUGAUACUUGAAUGAGGCAUAACUGAGAAGUAAUUUUCUCAAGCUUUGAAAGAGCACUUCUGAGCAAUAACAUUUUCCUCUGGGAUUGACAAGAUAAAAAAUAAAUAACUAUUUUGCAGAAUACAUAUAAUAUUAUAUGUUAUAAUCAUAAAAAAAUAAAAUGUUAUAAACUUUGAUAUGUAAUUAGUUAAAUAAUCAGUUCCAUAUUUAUGUAAAUGUAUUUACAGUAUGUGCAAAUUCUUGCAUUUGCUCAGUCACAAGCUAUCAUAGAGGACAUCAAACAAACACUGUAAAUAUAGUAGCCUUCACACACCUGGGUGACUGUGGGCAGGUGCGUAGUAGACACACUUAAUGUAAUGAUAAAAUAGAAAAAAAAACAAAAAAAAACAAAAUCCAACACUUUCAUAUAGCUUGAGAAACUCUACAUUUUACAUUUCGGUCAGAAUUUAAAAAAAAAAUAAAAAAUUUUAUCAGAGAGGAAAAGUCAAAAUUAAUAAAUAAAUAACAUUUAAAGGAAAUAUCUGCUGUGGGAUUGAAAGAAAACGGCAGUUCCAAACGAUAGGUGGCAGAUGCAGAUUUAAGCCUGACAGGGAAUAUAAUUAUGCUGUCAAUAGUCACUGCAUGUUCACCAAGCAUCUACAGUAUGUGAAUGCAAGAAUGCCCUAAAUAGUUUGUUUUCUGGGUCUAGAAUAUGUUUGCACGCGCACGCACGCACACACACGCAAUGAGGAAAUUCAGAUUUUGCUAAAUAUGUUUAAAUUGAUGUAUACUUACACGAGAAGUCAUAACAAUAGCCUAAUGAAAGUUUUAUUGUACAUGAAGUGGGUCGUCUGAUGGGGGCCAACAGACCAGCCUAAUACUACUCACUUUUUCUUUGUAACCCCUGUUACACUUUUGCUCACAGAAUAAAUAAAUCGUGGCUGACUGCGAGUAGCACAUUUCCACCAUGGCAUCGAUAACCGAAAACUAAUGCCUAAUGUUGCACUACCCAGCUAGUUGUCAGUAAAUGUAAACAAAGCACUGUUUAUUGCUUGUGUUCGUACAUAUUAAAAUUAUACUAAAAUAAAAUAAACUUUUGUCAAGUGUAGUUAAUUAACCAUAGAAAGGGUUAAAUUCCUUUAAAUCUUCUUGAAUCAAAUGAUAGCCUAAAAUGACUUGCAUGCAAACUGUGAGGUGCAUAUACAGGAUGGAGCUCUCCUUCUGUUAUUUGAAGACACGUGCACAUUUAUUAAGCAUUAGUUGCUACACCUCUCCUGUGAAAUAUUGCAUGUUUGCACGUUUCAUUACAACACAUAACAUAAUGCAUAAUAACAGUUCAAAUUAAUGCACAGACAAAUAAAUAAAUUAUAUUCAUUGCAUUUGUAAAUAUUUAUACACGGUAUCAUAUCUAAAAUUCAGAAAAACCUUCAGUUUUUCUGAAACAUUAAACCUUUCAGAAAAUUAAAGUUCUUACCUGCUUAUCUGAAAUGCCUGUCUGCUUUCCUCACCAUGAAAAACAACUGAUCAUUUCUAUGGACACCUUUAACACUUACUCCACAUAUGACUCCUGUGAUAUAUUUCAUGUUUUCUUAAUUCAUAGGAAAGUUUUGUGUGAGAUACAGUUCAAAAUUGCACGUUGUCAGCCACUGACUGUCUUGUGAGUUUUAUUCCUGCAGGGGGCGCUUGACGCUCUGAACACCGAAUCCUCCAUUCAUCUGCAUUUAAAUCUAAGAACGCUUUAUAUCCAUUUGGAGAAAUUUUUCAGUGGAUAGUUAUUUUUUUAAAAUUUGUAUUUAUUUAUUUAUUUUUAUGCCCUUUUCUCCCCAAUUUGGCAUGCCCAAUUCUCACUGCUUACUAGGUCAUCAUGGUGGUGUGGUUACUCACCUCAAUCCAGGUGGCGGAGGACAAGUCUCAGUUGCCUCUGCUUCUGAGAUGGUCAAUCCACGCAUCUUAUCACGUGGCUCUCUGUGCAUGACACCACGGAGACUCACAGCAUGUGGAGGCUCAUGCUAUUCUCUGCGAUCCACGUACAACUUACCACACAUCAUUAUGUGAUGAUAACUUGAUGUGCUUACAAUGAAUAACAGUCAUCACAGUAAAACCCUCUGCAAGAAGUUUAAUCUCUUUAACGCUUUAUGUUUAGUCUUUUUAUGCAUUGUCACUACAGCAAAGCACUGCAUCAAUACAUUUCAAGACGAUCACUGUUGGACAUGAAAUCCUCAACUAUGUAAGAUUCCCAAAUUUUGUAAGGUGCUGUGGAGAGAUUAAAGUCUUUUUCUUAUUCUGUCUGACACUGCUUAAAUAAAUAGUUUCAGUAAAAAUG